UCAAUUAACAGGCAAGAUAAAAUUUUGGAUGUUAAACCAUUUACAAUGGCCGAAGGGAUAACUUUAACUGAAUGUUUAACGUUAUGUUUAAGUCAUAGAAGACAACAACCGAAUUGUAUGGCUUUUAAUUACAACAAUUCUACAUGUUAUUUGCUCAAUACAUACCUUUGUGAUCCUGAUUACCAGCAUCAAUUAGUUGAUGUUCAAGGAGGUAAAUACUUUGAUUUAUUGGAUUAUCCGUACCAGGAGGAUGAAUUCAGGAGAUCAAGAAUGUGUUUGGAAAUGGGAAGAUGUUCGGUAAAAUGUCCAAAGUAUAAAUUAUUUGAAACACCGAAAACGUUCGAAGAUGCAAAAGCAACGUGCAGAGAAGAAAAUGCCGUUGUUGCAAUGCCCAUGAGCGAUCAAGACCACGAAGAUUUGAUAUUGUUAUUAAAAUCUAAGAAAUUAAUUAGAGGUUGGGUGGGUGUAAUGAAAACUAACGAUACGUUCGUAUAUGUAGAUGGAAGAUCGUUUCCUCCCGGUUUUAAUAAAUGGGGUAAAGAACAACCUAAUAAUAGCGGAGGAGAACAAAACUGUGCAGAAAUGUUGCAAGAAAUGGCAUUUCUAUGGAACGAUUACGAAUGCGAUAAAUUAGAUCCAUUUAUCUGUCAAUACGUAACAUCAUAAGCUACUUUCUUUAACUUACUAAUGAAUCUAAUCUACGUGUGAUUAAAAUUUACUCCAUUAAUAAUUCUUGUAAACGUUAAAAAAUUCAUAUAAUUAAAAAAUAAUACAA